AUGAAGUUCGGCCUUCUCCCCCGCCAGGACUCAGGGGACGCUGGAUUUCUGGAGGACGGAGCAGGAGAGGCUCCUGAAGGGAAUCAGCAGCCCGGGGCUGGCAGCAGCAAUGGGGGUGGGGGCCAGCAGCAAGCCAUGUCCCUGGCCAUCCUCAGAGUCAUCCGCCUGGUCAGGGUCUUCAGGAUUUUCAAGCUCUCCAGGCACUCCAAGGGGCUGCAGAUCUUGGGACAGACGCUGAAAGCCAGCAUGAGGGAGCUGGGCCUCCUCAUCUUCUUCCUCUUCAUCGGGGUGAUCCUCUUCUCCAGCGCUGUCUACUUUGCUGAGGCCGAUGACCCCGAGUCUCAUUUCUCCAGCAUCCCAGAUGCUUUCUGGUGGGCAGUGGUAACCAUGACCACUGUGGGCUAUGGGGACAUGAGACCUGUCACUGUGGGGGGCAAAAUCGUGGGCUCCUUGUGUGCCAUUGCUGGUGUGCUGACCAUUGCCCUGCCUGUCCCUGUCAUCGUGUCCAACUUCAACUACUUCUACCACCGAGAGACUGACCACGAAGAGCAGGGUAUCCUCAAAGAUGAACACAGUAGCGCUCAGGGCAGCACUGCAGGGGGAGAAGGGAAGAGAAGACCCAGUAAAAACUCUCUGGACAAAUCUGUUGUGCACUUGGAAAACAGUGAGGAGUUCAACAGUGGCACCAGCUCCUUAGAGAAAGCCAAUAUCAAAGCGAAAAGUAACGUAGAUCUCAGAAAAUCCCUCUAUGCUCUCUGUCUGGACACCAAUAGGGAAACAGACCUGUGAGGAGAGGAGACAGUAAGAGUUCAGAAUGAUUUUCUGGUGUCAGAAACUUGCUACUAUAAUUAUUCUUUAGUACCAAUUAGUUUUUUAAGUCAGGCUGUAUUUUAUAAAUUGAUCACUUUCCUGAGCAGUCCUCCAGGAAUACAUGUUUUUAUGUUCCUUUUCCAUGACACAAAGGGUCACCUAUUUUUAAAAUAGACUAAGAAUAAGCUACGUUCCAUGAUGCAGGAGCUGGUAAAUUAUGACAGUGAAAAAUCUUAUUUGUAGAAACUUAUUUUAGCAAAUGGUCAUUGGUUUUGAAUGGGUAAUUUGUAACCAAUUCAGUUGCUCCGAGUUUAGUAUAAAGAACUGGGGGGAUGUGUGUGUGGAGAAUGAAUGGAUUGGGGAUGGGAGGGGGGAGGUUGAGGGGUUUUGUACUGUAGUUUCAAAUUGAAAUUAUUAAAAUAUAUUUUGUAUCUGUAUGACUGUAUUUAUGGUUGAAAGGAGAUUUCUUAUUCCUGUGAAAUAUGAUAUCAUUAAAGCACUAGGAACAUUAGCAGGUCAGCACUUUCUGAAUUUUCCACUAGUGAUCAGUACAGAUCUGGUUGUCUUGUAUGUGAAGUGAAUUUGGUGCUUUGAACCCUAGAGCAGAAAACUUCUGUUGUCAUUAAUAUAUUAGUUUCUUGUGAGCCUUAAAUUAUUAAAUAUUGUAGAUACACUUCUUUAUAAGUAUUUUUAUUAGUUACCUUCCUGUUUCAGAGUUUCUAAGUAAUUCAGUCAUGUGCU